AUGCCCCAUGACGAGGCUCAUGCCAUGGACGAGAAGAAAGAGGUAGAAGGCGAUGUCUCUCUCGAAAUAUCGUCAGUGGAGGACAAUGAUGCCUCUAAAGGCGACGAAGCUCUGCGCCUGGUCGGUAAACAACGAUCCGCAGAGUUCAGUGAAGAAUACUACCAGAAACUCAAGAGAAGACUGGACUGGGUUAUCCCGCCGCUGUGCUCGGCUGUGUACUUCACGCAAUACUUAGACAAGAACACGUUAAAUUAUGCAAGUAUUAUGGGUCUCCCAAUCACCGGUCAACAUUACAACCUCGUAGCGAUGGCUUUCUACCUAGGGUACCUUACCUGGGAAUUCCCCACCGUCUACAUCUCCCAGAAACUGCGAGCAGGCAAAUACCUGGGCGCGAACAUCGUCUUAUGGGGGGCGGUCCUCAUGCUCCAUGCGGCCACGACGUCGUUUGGCGUUUUCUUCUUCCUGCGAUUUAUCCUCGGCAUGCUUGAGAGCUGCGUAGCACCCAUCCUUAUCCUUAUUAUAUCUAUGUUUUACAAGAAAGAGGAGCAAGGCCUGAGGAUUGCUUGGUUCUACGUCAUGAACGGGCUGACCGCCAUAUUUGGCGGCUUCGUCGCAUACGGAAUCACCUACUACACAGGCACCCACUUUCUCCCCUACCGGAUCCUUUACCUCCUCAUCGGCGGACUCGCCAUCAUAGUGGGUAUAUGCGUGCUCAUAUGGAUGCCGGACUCUCCCGUGCACGCGCGAAUGCUCACGCGCGAGGAGCGCAUCGCGGCGCUCGAGCGCGUGCGCGACGGCCAGGGCGGCACGGAGUCGAAGACGCUCAAGAAGGACCAGGUCGUCGAGGCGCUGACGGACGUAAGGACGUGGCUUAUUGUCUUGUUGACCCUGGUAUUAGCCAGUAUACCGAAUGGUGCCCUGAGCGCCUUUAGCAAUAUUAUCGUCAAAAGCUUCGGAUACACGACAAAGCAGACCCUUAUCCUCAAUGCUCCUGGGGGAUUCAUCGGCGCCGCCAUGACCCUAUUCGUCGGGUGGUAUUCUGACAGAAAGAAAGAGCGGAUGCUGCCGAUUAUUAUUGCCCUCAUCCCAACGAUUAUCGGUUCAGCUCUCCUAGUCGGAUUAGCAAAUUCAGGGAACAAGGGUGUCCUACUACUAGGGUCGUACCUGAUGGGAACUAUCGGCCCAAGCCUGUCGCUUGUUUACACUUACAAUGCUAGCAAUACCAGCGGCCACACGAAGAAAUCAACAAUCAACGCAUUAACGCUCUUCACCUUCAGUUUAGGCAAUGUCAUUGGUACGGAAAUAAUGCAGUCCAAAGACGCUCCCCAGUACAUACCCGGCAAGAUUGCCGUAAUGGUCAUGUAUGCUGUAGGAUUUUUCAUCCCGUUCAUGUUACGGUGGAUGAAUGUCCGCUUGAACAAGAAGAAACAGGCGAAGCUGCGCGAUCUCAAAAUUCAACACGAAUGGAGUGAUGCGGACAUGCAGCGGGAGAGGGAGCGUCACGCAUUCAUGGAUCUAACGGAUAAACAGAAUCCUUUCUUCGAGUAUAUGGUAUAG